GUGCAGUUAGUGAAAAGCAUAAUCAACUCUUUAAUAAAGAGUUAUUUAAAUGGAGCUCACAAGCAACGAAAAUGACUGCAGAAUCUCAUAAAUUUGAUUACGGACAGAGCAAUCCCACAAAAUGUUUCCGGACAUUACUCCACCGAAGAAAAGAAGGUGCUGGUCACUGGCUCGUGGCUUACAGAGAGGCAGAGCAGCUGAAAUACAGGAAUUUGCAUCAAAGAAUAAGAAACACUUACAGGAAAUGUGAGAAUAACAGGAGGGCUGCUGCUCCUCAUGGUAACACAUUAGAUGGACCUCUCCUGCUCCGACUGCAUUGUGUUGAUAAGCCGUCCGACCUCUGCUCUGUUGACAUUAGUGAGCAGCAACUGAAUUCUGUCAAACCAGAAAACCUGAAGGUGUUUGAGAAUGUGGCUUACAUCAACGCAUCCAUCAACUACCUCUCUUUGGAGUCUUUCAGCAGUUUUGUGUCUUUAAGAGAACUCAAUCUGUCGUUAAACAGGCUGAGCAGCCUGACGUUUUAUGCUGCUGACUUCCCUCAUCUUGAGGUUUUGGAUUUGUCCUACAACAGUUUGUCAGCUGAUGAUAUCAUGACUAUUGGUGAACUUCCACAUCUAAAGGUCCUUCACCUUACUGGAAAUGAGCUUCGUCAUAUUCCUCCUAAUCUGGGUUCUUCCAACCACGAUGCCACUCAGCUACCGCCUAAAGACGAAGAUGCACUGUUUAAAGCUCUGGAAGUCCUGGAGCUUGACGAUAACAAACUGUCCUCUGGAAUCUUCAUCAGCCUUAAAGACUUCAAGAGGCUGAAGUGUUUAAACCUACAGGGGAACUGCAUUUCAGAAAUACCAUAUCUGCAGCUGAUUGGCAGUUCAAAACCUCUGCAGACUUCUACUGAAGACCGAGCUGAAGAAGCAGGGCUUGCCUCCACCAAGCCAAAUCCUGACACUGCUGAACAUGUCAAGAGACUGUCACAGAUCUUUUACAUGCAAAACUGGGAGGAAAAUGGCAAAGGAUUCAGUUGGCCACUACCGGAACUUCAGUUCCUCAAUUUGGCUGACAACAAGAUUGCUGAGGAAGAAGCUCUGAUGGCUUCCACUCUUUUCCCGAUGCUUCGAGAAAUUGAUAUUUGCGCCAACCCUCUGACCACCCAAAGAAGUGGAGACCUUCCCUUACUGACCCACUACCUCCAAGAAAGGCUGGGAAUAACGAUAAAGCGUAAGAAGAUGCAGGAAGUGGUGAAGCUCAAAAUGAAGGUGUCCACUGAUCCAAAAUGGAAGGUCGAAGAAAGAACCGCAAAGGCUUCAGAGAAGUUGUUGAUGAUGGACGCACCUCGUCCUGCCCAGGCUGAGAAAAAUGAGCCAGCUGUCAGGUGCACAGCAGAAUCUGAAGGCAAGAAGAGCAGAGAUGACACACUGCAAGAAAAUACAGAGCGUGUCUUUCUUACUCAGGCACUGGAAUUGGACCUUCAGGCUGAUGAGAAAGAAACUGCUGAGAAAAAGGACAAAAACAAGACUGAUCCCAUUCACGUAAAAUUGACAGAUUAUGAAAUCUUGAUGGAUGCAAAACCAAAUCCUGAUGCGGCGAAGCCCAUUGGGAUUCAAACAGCUGUUCAGAUGCUGGAACACACGCUGAGGAACCUUAAUGUUUACAGUGACUCGAAACCAAAACUUGAUUGCAUCCAGACACCAUACAGAGAAAGAGAGAAGAAGAUUAAAGAACUUCCACCUUUGAAACCAGUAAAGCAGCCGGCUGAAAGGGUUGAUGAAGUGAUCAGAGAAAUCAAAGAGAGCACAACAAUAACACAAGUCUCUUUAAGCACUGCCGUACACAGCACGGGCGUUAGCAAGCAAGAAGCUCUCCUGCUGCUGAGAGAUAUGAAGGCAAAGUACAAGAUGGUCUGUAAGAGAACAGCGGAACAAACAGCCAGCUUUGAGUCUCACAGAAAAACCAACCAAAACGGAGCUGAAACUCCACCUGUGCAGACGCUCUAAUUAAUAUUCAAGUGCUUACAUAAACCGGUUUUCCACUUGUCUUGAACAUUAAUUGGUGUGAGUGGAGUUUAUGGAAAAACAUUAUGUCAAAAAUAAAAGUGGUGAGUGAAUCUUGCACGUUGACUGAUUUCUCAUAACUUUAUUUUGAAGUUAACCAACAGGAAACCCAGCCUUGCCUGUAGCAGUCAUUAUUAUGUUGUGAUAUACGGAAGCUUCAGCCUCUAUGAUGUUAUCUUCGGGAGGUUUAGACACACAGUGUUCUCUGCGUGGGGAGAAUGUCUGCAUUUAUACGACAAGGACAGAGUGAAGGUUUGGAGCAGCUGCAGCACCGCUGCUAUACAGCCAGAAUGAAUCCAUCAUGCAUGCAUGCAUAUGCAUGAAAUGUUUCCCAGUAGACAAUAAACAGCUGGAGGAGAAAGUC